CUGGCUGUUUCUUGUAAAGGACACAUCCUCCUCCAGAGUCCUGACAGAUAGAACAUUAGGAGCUCUUUACUGCUAUCUACUCUAGGGCACUAUCUGUCAUGGCUGGCACAUGCCUACAGUUUUUUGGGUUUGUCUCAAGUUUUAUAGGAUGGAUUGGUGUUGUCGUUGCCACCACCACCAAUGACUGGGUGCUGACCUGCGACUACAGCAUUAACACCUGCAGAAAACUGGACGAACUGGGCUCCAGGGGACUAUGGGCAGAUUGUGUCAUCUCUAUAGGACUCUAUCACUGCAAGCCUCUGGCUGACAUCCUCACACUGCCUGCUCACAUCCAAGCCGCCCGUGCCCUGAUGAUAACUGGAUCUUUCCUGGGGCUUCCUGCUGUCUUCCUGCUUCUCUCUGCCAUGCCCUGCAUCCGAAUGGGCCAUGACCCUGGAACCGAGAAAUACAAGCGCUUUACCCUGGGUGGAGUGCUGAUCGUCAUUUUGGCAUUGAGUUCCAUCAUGGCCACCAUAUGGUUUCCAGUGUCUACACACAAAGAAACAACCAUUGUGACUUUUGGCUAUUCCUUGUACGCUGGAUGGAUUGGGGCAGCGUUCUGCUUGUUUGGUGGAAUAGUUAUUGUUUGCUGUUCUGGGGAAUCUCAAGCUUUUAUGGAGAACCGAUUUUAUUAUUCAUCUCAGGGGUCCGGUUCCCCUACUCAUGCUAAAAGUGCCAAUGUGUAAGGAUCAAGUGAUCAGACCAGGUUGACUGUACAGCAUUUUUGGACUUUUUAUAUAACUUAUGUGCCUUUUACGUGUCUAUGUAUGCUGUUCUACAAUUUAAGUGCCAUGGAUAUGUGGACAAAUGUUGAGUACUGUUUUCUUACAGGUCUUCAUUGUAUUCUUGUCUACCUUAUGUAAAUGUUAUUGGUGCUCAGGAAAGGAUGCCUAGAACAGAAAAAAUCAUGAUUUGUAGAAUGUUUUAACUUAAUACAGAUGUAGCCAGCCUCAAAUUGAUCCCUGGUGAAUCAGGGCUUUAGAAAACCGGACUUGUAGCGCAAUCCACUCGUACACCAACUUGAGGGUAAAAUAACCUCAGGUUGGUCCCUGGCACAUUAAGAUAUUGUACUGUACUCCUGAGGAUGAGAUAAAUUAUCUUAACUUGUUGCACAGACCUAAGUUUAUUACUCCUCAAUUACUGGCCUUAUCUUCAUCCCUGGUGCAUUAGGAUAUCCCAACACAACACAUUGCUGUGUCAGGUUAAUGCACCAUGGCUACAUCUGUAUGUAAGUCAUGUACAUUUCUUUAAAACAAUUUUAACACAGAAUUUUCAAUAUUUAUAAGAUUUCUUUAAAAAAAAUUUUAAUUGUUCAAAACACAUUUUAGAACAGAAAGUAUUUACGUAACAUUUAAAAAAAAUGUCAUUUUAAAGGAGUACUCUUGUUUACAGUGAUCUUUCCCGUAUCCUAGGGAUAGGAGAUAAGUAUCCGAUCGCAGGGGGUUCGACCUUUGACCCCCUGCAAUUUCCCUUCCGGCAACCCAUUUCUCUGCAUGAAAAAAGCCAUGUUGUCCACAGCACAGAGGGGUGGUCAACACGCCAACUCCAUGUAUCUCUAUGGGAGAGCCAGAGAUACAUGAACGUUGUAUCUCUGGCUUUCCAAUAGAGAUGCAUGGAGUAGGCAUGUCGGCCAGCACUUCAUGCCAUGCCACUCCAUUCAUGUAUAGAGUUGGGGAAUUUUCGUAGAAAAAAUUAUUUCCAUAGCUUAAGGAUGCGUUCACACGCUCUUUGUUUUUGCGGGUUUUCAGCUGCAUAUUUGAAAAUGGCGGGCUCUUCUCGGCUGUCCAUAGCAGAUUGUCCGCGGCGUAAAUUCCUCGGUGGAAAAUCUGCCACGGAUAGCCGAGUAGAGCCUGCAACCUUUCAAAUACGCAGCGGAAAACCCACAAAAACAAAGAGCAUGUGAACGCACCCUAAGGGUGCAUUCCCACAUGGCGUAUUCUGCUGCGUAUUUGCUGCGUAUUUGCUGCGUAUUUGGUGCUGCGUAUUUUCCUACCCAUUGACUUCAAGAGGGAAAAUAAAAUACGCAGCAGCAAAUACGCAGCAAAUACGCCGUGUGGGAACGUACCCUAAAACAGUGUUGAAAGGCACACCUUGGGAGAUUUUAGGGACCAUUAGGUGUACCGUAUAUACUCGAGUAUAAGCCGAGUUUUUCAGCACGAUUUUUCAUGCUGAAAACACCCCCCUUGGCUUAUACUCAAGUGAACUCUCUGCCCUCAGUGGUCUUCAACCUGCUGUUGCCUUGACGAAGACGCACAGGGAUGUUGACGUUGAAUGUCCCUGUGCAUCGUCGUCAAGGCAACGUCAUUAUUUCGGGGCCGGGCGUGAAGCCCGGAGAAGAGGCCCACCCAUGAAGAUGAACAGCCCGGAACGACUAUCCCUCCCCACCAGACGGUCUUGCAGCACAGAUGGCCCGGACCAGCUCACCCGAACGUCCUGCCGAGCGGAGGUGAGUACAAAACUAAAGGGGGGAGGGGGUACUGGAUGAUGACGAAAGCCCGGGCAGUGGUCUUCAACCUGCGGACCUCCAGAUGUUUCAAAAUUACAAUCCCCAGCAUUCCCGGACAGCCGAUGGCUGUCCGGGCAUGCUGGGAGUUGUAGUUUUGGAACAUCUGGAGGUCCGCAGGUUGAAGACCACUGUUAAAUCAGACAAUGACAAGCGGUGAUGAUGAAGGG